AUGUCUUCUUUCAUGAACCUUAGCUUCUUAGACGAGAUCAAACCAUACAAAAACAAAUGGCGUAUUCAAGUCAAGGUACUUCAUUCCUGGAAAUCAUACAUUCCGGGAGUUGGGGAAUCGCUUGAACUGAUUCUGUCUGAUGCACAUGGAACGAAAAUCCAUGCUUCAUGUAAGAAAGCUUACCUUGAAGAGUUGAGAGAUAAACUUCCGGUUGGAUCCUGGAGGAAUAUCGAAAACUUCCUUCUCACUGCACCCGGUGGAAUGUACAAAUCCACCAAUCAUGCAUACAAGUUGUCGUUUCUCCACACUACGGAAAUCUCCUUCUCAUCUCUGCAGAUGGACGACCUAUUUCUAAGUCUGGUUGAUUUUGAAACCAUACUCAGUGGACAUCUUGACGAAUACAAGCUGAUUGAUGUUAUGGGACAAGUCAAAGAUGUGGGUGACCUUGAUUCCGUGCAGUGUCAAGGAAAACCAAAGAAAAAAAUUGAGUUUGUUUUGGGCGACAUUCAUGGUCUGACGAUUGCUUGCUGUUUAUGGGGAACAUUUGCUGAGAAAAUUCAUACCGAGGUGGAAGCAUCUGGAGGAGAUGUGGUUGUAUGCCUUUUAAGAUUUGCUAAAAUCGGCAAAUAUAGAGGUGAGAUUCAAAUCUCGAAUUCGUUUGACGCUUCCCAGCUUAUUAUUAAUCCUCCAAUAAAGGAGACUGAAGCGUUUAAAGUGACGGAUACUGAUGAGGAGAACAAUGCUUUGACUUUAGUCGAAACUAAAGACCAUAAGCUUCAGCUUAAAAUUAGGCGUGAUAAGUGGAUGCAGUUUCCUCUCAAGUACAUUGGCGAACUUCUCCAGCCAACUCAGGCUGAAGUGUGCAGGGUCGUAUGUACUGUAUACGAAAUAGACAGGAACUGGGGCUGGUACUAUUUUGGUUGUACUGAUUGUGACAAAAAGGCUAUUAAGGUGUCAACCAACACAAAAAUAGUCAAUGGAAAAGACAUCGUCUCUCAUGUUUGGUGGUGUGAACAGUGUAAGCGUAAGGUUUAUGAUGUGUCCCCAAGAUUCAAGCUUCAUCUGAUGGUUAAAGAUGAUACUGGAGUUACAAACUUUAUGCUACUAGAUACAAUUGCAAAAGGACUUGUGCCUGAAUCAGCAGAGACCCUACUGAAUGGUUCCUUUGAUGAGUUAGAGGAUGUUGAUUCAUUCCCUGAAGCAAUCACUUCUUUGGUUGGUAAGACCUUCAUGUUUGGAGUUUACAUAGAGAAGGACCAUGUGAUUUGCAAAGCUGAGACUUUCAAGGUUGGUAAAGUAUGGAAAGACAUGAGUAUGGACAUGAGUUGUGCAGCUUCAGUGUCGUGUACUCAAUCUGAUUUGACCCCAACUGUGGACAGUGGUGGACAGGAUUCCAUAAAUCACAUGAUUGAGCAGAGUUCUGAAGAUGUGGUAUCAACCCCGUCUUCUAAACGUAUAACCGAAUCUGAUGAAUAUGUGCAUGAUCUCACAUCGACCUCUAAGAAGCAACGUACCAAAAACAUCAAGUCCGAACAGAAGAAAAGUGGCUGA